AUGGAGUUGUCAGAGAACUUGGUGAAAAGAAGAAACCAAUCAAUCGAGGAAGAUUUCGAUGAUUUGGAUUCCAACUGUUUAACUUUAACGGAGGAGAUUUUAUUGUUGGGUCUUAAGGAGCGCGAAGGGUUCGUAUCGUUCUGGAACGACUCAAUAUCGCUGGCUUUGAGGGGCUGUAUGCUUGUGGACCUUGAAUUGAUGGGAAAAAUCGUGAUGGAGCCUGUAAGCUUUAAAAAGAAAACCUUCAAAGCGAGGAAAGUUAUAGUUAAGGAUGACGGUGUUAUAGGAAAUGUGAUCCUGGAUGAAGCUUUGAAGCACAUUAAAAACGCAGACCCGCCGGAGAAUGUGGAAAAGUGGAUAACAUACUUGAACGGAGACACCUGGAACCCAAUCAAACUGAAAUAUUUUAUACGGAAUGUGAGAGAACGCCUUUCGAAACUCCUGGUGGAAAAAGGUGUCCUCACUAUGCUCAAGAAAAACUACCUAUUCUUCGACAUGAUGCUGUAUCCCCUUCUAGACGAAAAAGUCAAAGCAAGUAUAGUGAAAAAAAUUCAAGUCAGCCUGACCUCUGGUUGGUCGAGCGAUAUAAGCGGCUUCAAAAAGUCAGACUUGGCGUUGUGUGUACUCGCUUCAGCAGGUGAUGUUUUUGAAAACGCUUUACACUCUUUAUCCGAGUCCGAUUACGAUACAGCCCAAGCAAGGAUAGAGCUUUUGACUUCGAUGAACUUCGAAAAAGAAGAUAAAAGGGGGCUUCAUACGAAUAGUAUAAUGUGGGCUGUCUUUGAAACUAUGUUUAAUAAAUUAUAA